AUGCGUUGGUCACAAACAAUGAACGCAAACGCACUGCGGGCGUACUUUAGGGCAAAAGGGGAAGAAACCGGAUGUUUGGCAUAUCGGGCUCGGAUGCAUCGCUUUUUUGCAGAGCUGGAGCCAUCUCUAUCCGUCACUGAGAAAAACCUGGCAGACCGAGUUCGGUACAUCCUGCGCUCCAACAUAUUUGGUGACGCCGAACUCGAACGACUACGACGUGAGGCUGUUCCCUCAUCGGAUGGAAAUGCUACGGCUGGGAAUGCGGCGCCACUAAUUGCGCAGCAAACUGCAAAUGUGGACGCUGCCGUCAAUAUUCCAUUUGUGGUUGAUUCAGACGAUGAUGGAAUAGUCCCCCACGAACUAGAGAAAAUGAGGAGCAUAUUGGAAGAGUCGAUGCUGGAAACGCGCAGCAUGCCUCUCGAAAAUCGACCGCGACUUCCCCGCAUACCCCUUAGCAAGCGAAAUCGGGCUGUCGUGCGGGCUCUUAACCCAAUGCUGGUGACCUAUUUGGAAGCCAGCCGGGACCUUUGCGAGACGGACUCAAUUCUUUUUUGGCGCCGCACUGGCAGUAUGCCGUAUUAUUGA